UCCUUCUGAAACCGGCGUAUGUAUAGAGGUCUUCCUUUUUGGCCGGAACUAGGGUUCUCUCAACCAUAUUAUCGAAGCACUUCGCCGGAGUUUUUCUGAUUCUCACCAGAGAGGUUUAAGCAGCAUCUUCAAUGGCGGAACGUGGCGGUGAACGCGGUGGUUUUGGUCGCGGAUUCGGCGGCCGUGGCGGUGGAAGAGGUAUCCCUAGAGGCCGCGGACGUCGCGGAGGACGUGCGGCGGAAGAAGAGAAGUGAGUCCCGGUGACGAAGCUCGGUCGUCUCGUUAAGGAAGGUAAGAUCCAGAAGCUAGAGCAGAUAUACCUUCACUCUCUCCCGGUCAAGGAGUACCAGAUCGUGGAUCUCCUCGUUGGUCCGUCGUUGAAGGACGAGGUAAUGAAGAUCAUGCCAGUGCAGAAGCAGACCAGGGCCGGUCAGAGGACGAGGUUCAAGGCCUUCGUUGUCGUCGGAGAUGGUAACGGCCAUGUUGGGCUGGGAGUGAAGUGUUCGAAGGAGGUUGCGACCGCCAUUAGAGGCGCGAUAAUUCUUGCUAAGUUGUCUGUGAUUCCAGUGAGAAGGGGUUACUGGGGUAACAAGAUUGGUAAGCCACACACUGUGCCGUGCAAGGUCACCGGAAAGUGUGGUUCCGUCACUGUCCGGAUGGUUCCAGCUCCCAGAGGUGCCGGUAUUGUUGCGGCUAGGGUUCCAAAGAAGGUUCUUCAGUUCGCCGGAAUUGAGGACGUCUUCACUUCUUCCAGAGGUUCCACCAAAACCCUCGGAAACUUCGUAAAGGCAACCUUCGACUGCCUUCUGAAGUCAUAUGGUUUCCUGACUCCUGAGUUCUGGAGAGAGACGCGGUUCACCAAGUCGCCCCUCCAAGAGCAAACUGAUCUCUUGGGGAAGCCUCUUCCGAGCAGCAAGCUCAUCGCCGAGGUUGAAGAACAAGCCUAAAUACAAUGCCUCCUUGUGUUUAUUGGGGUUCUGGCGCCACGAGGGAAGUAUUAUCAGGCUUUAGACAGUUUUGUUCGAUCAUUUAUACUAUAGGUUGCAGGUUUCGAUCGGUUUUUUUUGCUCCUCAAAGUCUCAAACUGUGUAUUGGGUCCUGCCCUGUGAUUUUGGAGAGUUUACUUUUGGAUGAAUCCUUUAUAGUUCUGUCUAUGUUCUUCAAUCCUGGCCUUUUGAUCUGAUAGCAAAAUACUGGAUUUUCCAACCAUUUACCUGUCCAUGGUAAAUAUACGAUUUACUGAUGUCUAA